AUGCUUUCGAGAACACGACUCAUUUUGUCUUUGAUCUGGGGACGACUCAUUAUAUUGCAAUUUUUGUUGCCUUACAACAUUCCGUCGUUGCAGCGCGUCCAAAAGGUCAUCCUGUUGUGGCUCAAUGUUGAAGCCUUUAUUCAUUGCAGCAUGGAACCUGAAUGCGUCAUCAGUAUUAUUCUAUUUCCCAAGCCUCUAAAUAUGUGGAGUAAAAAAAACAAAUGGUCGGAAAUUUAA